UUACAUCUUCUACCCACGGGGACGAAGUCGCGGGCAACAGCUAGUAUGAGUAUGAAGUCAAACCAAAAUAGUUUGAGUCAAACCUUUUUGAUCGUUUGUCUACACUUAAUGUAACUUAUUUAUACUUGAGUUCGCAACGUUAACUUAUUCUUGCUCGGUCAGUUAUUACAUGCAUAUACAGAUGAGUCAGUCUUGCCCACAAUAUGCCAAAAGACGGUUGUGUUUAAGUUUCAAUAAUAACAUUAUAAUGCUGGUUUUCGUAAUAAUCUGUGGAUUUUUGACAGUGCUUGUGAAUUCUCAAGAACGUGACUGUGUAAACAAGUACUCUGGGGAGAAAGGAAAGUGCAAGCCAUUGGACAAAUGCCAGUCAGCUAAACAUGAUCAGAGAUACCAUAUUAAACCAGAGUUCUGCACAAACAAUGGAACAUCGGAUUUAAAAUCACAAGAAGUUUGCUGUCUUCAAGGUGACAUAAUAUCAAAACUAGAUUCUACUCUACUAAGUAUUCUGGGUUCAGAUAGCCUUUGUUUACUUUUUCAACCAAUUCAUCGUGAUCCGGAAGAACCCCUUAAGCAAGGAAAAAAGGCUUGGGAUAUGUGCAUAAAGUAUCAAGAAGACUUUUUCUCACGCAGACUCAAUGAUUCUAUCUCAAUCGGAACUGGAGGAGUGUUUGCGCAAAGAGGAGAAUUCCCUCACAUGGCCCUAUUAGGCUAUGGGAAAAUCUUCUCUGAAGCCGAGUUCAAUUGUGGUGGAUCUUUAAUCAGUGAACGGUUUGUGCUAACCGCUGCCCACUGUAGAUAUUCUGCUGGACUAGGAUAUGUAACAAUUGCAGUUUUUGGAAUACAUUAUAGAAACGAGACGGCAGAAGAAAAAUAUAUAUAUGGAGUAAAGAAAAUUAUAAAACACCCAAUGUAUAAGCCCCCUAAAAAGUACAACGAUAUCGCCUUAUUAGAAAUGGAUAGACGGGUUAUUUUUGACUUCCUGGUCAUGCCCGGGUGUCUACACGUAGGGGACCGGGUGGACGAUGGCAGAGCGUACGGAACCGGAUGGGGUUACCUUGGACAAUCAAUGGUACUUGCUCAGGAACUUCAAACGAUACCCUUAUGGAAAAUUGCCAAUGAUACUUGCAGACUAAAAUUUGCGCCUUACAAACGUCUUCUACCUGACGGCAUUGAUGACUCGUCGCAGAUGUGUUACGGAGACGACGGGACCCCCAGAGAUACAUGUGAGGGAGACAGCGGAGGCCCACUCCAAAUAAAAAGCACAAGUAUCUAUUGCAUGUACGUCAUCAUCGGCGUGACGUCAUUCGGGUUCACAACCUGCGGCGAAGUGGGAUACCCUGGAGUGUACACCAGGGUGUCGAACUAUGUACCCUGGAUUGAGAGCAUCGUAUGGCCUUGAGGUCGACUCACCUUAGGAGCAAAACUGCUGAUGCAAUUGAAGUGUAUUUUAUAUCAAUGACAAUCAUGAAAAGAUGCAUUUCAAUUGUUAAAUAAUAAAUGAUAUUGGUGAAGA